GAGUUCAAUCGCCCAUGAGAUUGAAGUUGUAGAUGCGUGGCUGCGUGAGGGAAAGCUGCUUUUGCCUCUCCGUUCUAAACCUUAGCUACCUUCUUCUACAUCUACAUCUUUUUCCAUAUUGAAGAGGAGAGAAGAAAUGGGUAUAAUGCGUCGGGUUUCGCAGGUUUCUCUCAUUAAAUUCUCCUUGAACUACCGUUUUCGUCAAUUUUUAACACCCAUUUCUUCGUUUGUUCUCAAACCCUCCUCAACAAUUUUAACUAGAUUUGUUUCUGGCUCCAUAUCAACUCCUACACUGGAGAUUUUCGAUCUGCCUAUCUCGAAAUUCCACUCUUUGGCACACCCAAUCAGUUCAGAUCCUUCGACCCAUCUCAAAAAUCAUGAAAAUCUGAGGAAAUUCAAUGAUGAAGCUGCCCCAAGCUUUGAUUCGAGUAAAGAGAUUGAUGAGAUUAAUCUUAAGUUCGCAGAAGCUCGAGAAGAGAUCGAGAUGGCUUUGGAAUCGAAGGAGACGGUUUACUUCGACGAAGAGGCGGAAAAUGCUAGGGAAGCUGUGAAGGUUGUCUUGGACAUGUUCGAGGGUCUAUUGGCGAAGUUACCUGAGAACGAGAGGGCUUCGUUGCAGAGGUUCAUGGGACUAAAGAUCGAGCAGUUGAAAGCUGAGCUUGAACAGUUGAACGAUUGAGUAGGUUGGUUCAUUGGGUCUUCUUCUAAAAUCAAAUUUUUAUUUCAUCUUGCUUUCUCUUUGAUGAGGUGAGUAUUGUCUGGGGCGAAGGAUUGCUGCCUUUGACAAGCGGCUUAUGUUGGAAUGUAUCAGAUAUUAUUAAUCUACAGCUUCGGCAGUUUGAAUUUUUCUAGUAUUCUCAAUAAUGAUUUGAAUGUUAUUUUUCAUGGAAA